CCACUCAUCCACCACCGCUUAGCAGCAGCAACAACCAGUGCCUUAGACACUCUCCAUCAACAAACUCUAGCUGAUCAGUCCUAGCUAAUUAAGCUUGUUGCCUAGCAAGCAUGGGUACUCCAAAACUCUAGCGGCUGGCCUGUUCGCCAUGCUUUUCCUAGCUCCAGCUGUCCUGGCUACCGACCCCGACCCUCUCCAGGACUUUUGCGUAGCCGACCUUGAUGGCAAGGCGGUCUCGGUGAACGGGCACCCAUGCAAGCCCAUGUCUGAGGCUGGCGACGACUUCCUCUUCUCAUCCAAGCUGGCCAAGGCUGGCAACACGUCGACCCCAAAUGGCUCGGCCGUGACGGAGCUCGACGUGGCCGAGUGGCCCGGAACGAACACGUUGGGCGUGUCUAUGAACCGCGUGGACUUCGCACUGGGGGGCACCAACCCGCCGCACAUCCAUCCCCGUGCCACCGAGAUCGGCAUCGUGAUGAAAGGUGAGCUCCUUGUUGGAAUCCUUGGCAGCCUUGACUCCGGGAACAAGCUCUACUCCAGGGUGGUGCGCGCUGGGGAGACGUUCCUCAUCCCACGCGGCCUCAUGCACUUCCAGUUCAACGUCGGUAAGACCGAGGCCUCCAUGGUCGUCUCCUUCAACAGCCAGAACCCCGGCAUCGUCUUCGUGCCACUCAUGCUCUUCGGCUCCAAUCCACCCAUCCCAACGCCGGUGCUCACCAAGGCGCUCCGGGUGGAGGCCGGGGUCGUGGAACUACUCAAGUCCAAGUUCGCCGCUGGGUUUUAAUUUUCUGGGUGCCUUCCCUGAAAGGCUCAAUAUAUAAUUUGAUAUAUGCAUGCUAGCAAAAAUUUAAUAAUUCUCAGCAAAAGACAUGUACUCAAGCUUCGGGUUAAUCUCGCAUGCAAUUGUAAUAAGAUUGAAUAAGUUAGCCCCAUGGUUAAGCCUUCAGAUCCAAUAUGGGGAAUUGUAUGUACUUCUUUUUAUUGUCGUCUUUGUUCUUUUCAUUAAACUGAAUAUAUAAUUAGCAUUUUCAUA